GGUUAGCCGCCGGCCUGUUGAGGUCAGAGGAGGCGGGCAACGCGUCCAAAACCAGCGCCUGCGCGUGCUCAAGGCAACCAGGAGCAGAGAGAUCGAGUGUGCGGCUUGGGUAGCCGGAUUCCGUGACACCACCUGGGCCACGCGCCACCACGUCCUGCCCGGCAUGGAGGGCGAGUGCCGGGUGCUCUCCAUCCAGAGCCAUGUCGUCCGAGGCUACGUGGGCAACCGGGCCGCCAUGUUCCCGCUGCAGGUUUUGGGAUUUGAGGUUGAUGCCGUGAACUCUGUGCAGUUUUCCAACCACACAGGCUACGCCCAUUGGAAGGGCCAAGUGCUGAAUUCACAGGAACUCCAUGAGCUGUACGAAGGCCUCAAGAUAAACGAUGUGAAUAAGUAUGACUACGUGCUCACUGGUUACACGAGAGACAAGUCCUUCCUGGCCAUGGUGGUGGACAUCGUCCGGGAGCUGAAGCAGCAGAACCCCCGGCUGGUGUACGUGUGUGAUCCCGUGAUGGGCGACAAGUGGAACGGCGAAGGCUCCAUGUACGUCCCCCAGGACCUCCUUCCCGUGUACAGGGAGAAAGUGGUGCCCGUGGCAGACAUCAUCACUCCCAACCAGUUUGAGGCUGAGUUGCUGAGUGGCAGAAAAAUCCACAGCGAGGAAGAGGCACUGGAGGUGAUGGACAUGCUGCACUGCAUGGGUCCUGACACAGUGGUCAUCACCAGCUCUGACCUGCCCUCCCCACAGGGCAGUGACUACCUGAUCGCCCUGGGCAGCCAGAGGAUGCGGAAGCCUGAUGGCUCCACGGUGACCCAACGCAUCCGGAUGGAGAUGCGCAAAGUGGAUGCCGUCUUCGUGGGCACUGGGGACCUCUUCGCUGCCAUGCUUCUGGCGUGGACACACAAGCACCCAGACAACCUGAAGGUGGCCUGUGAGAAAACCGUGUCCGCCAUGCAGCACGUCCUGCAGAGGACCAUCCGGUGUGCAAAAGCUCAAGCAGGAGAAGGAAAGAAGCCCAGCCCGGCUCAGCUGGAGCUGAGGAUGGUCCAGAGCAAAAAGGACAUCGAGGACCCCGAGAUUGUGGUGCAGGCCACGGUGCUAUGAGGGCCGUGCAUUCGCCCCGACACACCGUGUCCCGGGGUCUCUGUUUUCAUCCCUGUGAAAGCUGUAACGUCUGCCUUAGAGCCAUGACUGACACUUGACAUUUUAUUCCUUCCUGAGGGUCGGGUCUCAUCCGGUCUCAAUGGUGAAAAUGUGCCAUCAUGUUUUUUUAAAAAAAUAAUAAUAACAAAGCCGUCGCAGAAAUAUGUGACUCAGAAACAUGGCCCCUUCUCCCCCAAGGCUCUGGGCCUACUGACUGCCUCUUGUUGACUCAUAGGUGUGUGGGAGGCAGGUGGAGUAGGCAAGCCUGCUGCCCGUGGACCCUUCUGCUGGCCACGGGCUGCUGUUGCCCCCAGAUUCCUGUGGGGAUAGGGACUAGGCCUGCGGUGGCACUAUUUUUAAAUUGGGUUAAGUCUUAACCAUGGCAUCUGGAAGAAUUACGCCAAAUAUCUUCAUUGCCAUUUGGGUCUUACCCUUGUUCCUGCACCAGAGUUUCUGUGUGUGUGUCUGCUGCUCUCUGUGUCUCCGAGGACGUCACACUUACCCAGCUGUGGACUGUGGGAAGGUUUUAUGUCCUCAUGCUUGGGCAGGCCCACAAGCAUGGAGUCACUGUGACGGGGAACCUUUAAGGGCCCCGAACAUUCCAGGGGAUCUGCAAGCCUCCCGGGUGUCAGCAGGAACUCCUAUCACUUGGGAGCAACUUCUGGGGAACUGACCAACCUCGGAGUCGGCUGCUGAGCCUGAGGUGGCUUGGGAAGGUCAGGGAAGGAUGCCACACUGGGUUCUUGUGGGAGCUCACCCAGCCCUGGUCCUCAGUUGGCACUGCACAUGCCAUGUGCUGCUGAGGACAGCACACUGCUGUAGCCGUGUUUGCACAGAGGAGAGGCAGCCGUGGCCCGUGCCCCCUGGUGGCAUACUUACCUGUGGUCUCCUCCCCCCAUUUCUGUAUUCUGUGCCCACCACCUGCUGAGCGGCAAGAGGCCCUCAUGUGAAGCCAGCUUGCUCUCUGCCUCCUUGGAAGUCCUGCUCCUAGAGGGAGCGUAUGGGCACUGUGGGUGCAGGGCCAUCUCUUAGACCCUUGCAGGAGACUGUGACAAGUUCCAUUUCCAUUGCUCAAGUGUGGCUUUCCCAGAUGUACAUCUUGGAAUUUGGGGUCCCUUCGUCCUAGCUGUGAGGGGGGCUGUCCAUUUUUGAUCUUUAUCUCAGCAUCCACCCAUCCAGUCCUUGAGAUUUGCCUCUGCUGAGAAGCCACAGGGUAAGGAGCAAUAAGAGAUUAGGAGAGAUGGGGACCACAUUGUGAUCCCCAGGAGCAUAGGUUCUCAAGGGGUGCCUGGCUGCCACCCAUAGGUCAACCUCAUAGUGCCACAUCCUACCUUAACAUAGUCCAGGGUUCCCCUUCCCCAGUUAAAAUGCCCUGGAUGGAGGAGACGCCGGUCCACAUGGACUUGCACCAGUCCAACUCCACUUCCCCACCAGCCUGCAUCCUGACUUCUCACCUUUCUGGUCUCAGGCUGCAGGAUAGCUGAGAGGUAAAGCUGCCUGUUGCCAAGCCUGACAACCUGAGGGACCACAUGGUAGAAGCAGAAAACUGUAUCUUGUAAACUGUUCUCUCUCUGUGUUUCUUACACACACACAUAUGCACACACACCAAAAAUAAAUAAAUAAAUGUAAUUUAAAAAAUACCCUUGUUCACUAAUAUCCUAAGCCAGGUUUAGCUAGCUCUCUGGUGUGUGUUUCCUGGUCCCAAUGGCAGGCCUCUGAGCCCCAAUUAGUACAAACCAGAAAAGAGAAAGCCAUGGCCAGUAGCCUGGAAGGGAGGAACAACCACAUCCCCCUCAGUCACAGGAAAAGCCCCUCACUGCCUCCUAAAGAGCAGGGAACAACCAUUUUGUCAGCAAUGAGGAAAAGUUCCUUUUUCCUCUCAGAGUAUUGAGGCUGGACGGGAGAGAUGGCCAUGUUGGUAGAGUACUUGCCGUGGAUACACGAGGACCUGAGUUCAGUGCCCAGCACCUAAGUGUGGUCCUGGAGUGUGCACCUAUAACCUCAGAGCUAGGGAAGUGGAAUCUGGAAGUAAAGGAGGACCCCAGAUGUUGACCUCUGGCUUCACACACAUGCACACAAUAAAAGGGUAAGAGCUGUCACAGGGUUAAGGAAAGCCUGUAUGUGUCUGGUGCGAUGUGAAGAAGCCCCUGGCAGAGCAGUGCUGGCUGUGGUGGUUUAUGUGUGCUGGGGUCUUCAUGACCUCACUCUCCACCACACCAGGAGAGCCUUAGCACUUUGCUGUAGCCCAGCGCUAAUCGGUGUGGGGAUCCUUUCUUGCUUACACAGCUGGGUGAGUGCUCUUUCCUCAUGAGAACUUCCUCUAAAGUCCUAAACUUGGGUGUGGUCUGGAUUGUCUUCCUGUGUGCUUUGGAGCCCAGGGGACAUGAACAGAGGCUGUGGCUCAGGCAUGUGACAGAAGAAACAGUGCUUUGAUCGUGGGCCUGGGCAGAAGCAAUGCUUUCCAGAGAAAUGUCUGCAGCCCUGCCUGCCAGCAAGCACCAGGUCUGCUCCCCUUGUGUCCAAGGCAGAAUUGCCUUUCACUCUCAGUUUGCAUAGUUCAGUUGUGACAUGAUGUAUUUGGAAAUGAAGCUGUGUUAACCUGGUGUUGCCUGCUUCCUGCUGAGGGCUCCCUCCGGUACUGUCUUAGUCCAUCACCUUCAACCUCCCGGAAGACUAAGAGGGAAUUCUGUCCAGGAUGCUUUGGAAAUCCUUGCCUGGCCCUGUUGAUAAUCACGUGCCUCUAGCUUGCUUUCGCAAUAUGUUAAUGGUUGUCAAAAAGACGCUGUCCUUUUCUUCAGUUGGGAGAGCCCAGUGUUUAAAAGCUGCUUGAUGUUUCAGUGGGGGUGGCCAGGCCUGGCUGCACUGUGCUGAAGUGGGGUAUUGAAAGGAGGGGCCUGUGUGCUCCAUAGUCUCCCUGGCUUUCCAGUGUGAUGUCACCACCGCCAGCUGGGAUAGGAGAACAGCACUGGGUGUUACAAGUUAGGCCAUGUCCUGUCCUUGCUGAGGAAGGCAGGGCCCUCCUGAAGGAGGCAGGUUGGCCAGGGCAGCACUGAGUCCUCUGCUGUGCCCCUGGGAGGAUCCUGACCCCAGUGUCCAGCUCCCAUUGCUUCAAACCUUACAUUGUCUGUAGCUGAAAAAUAUAGAAAAGAGAGGUGAAUGUAUUUGGGACCCUUUGCUUCCUUCCUGCCCUCUGAGCAAUCUCUCACUCAGGGCAUCUGAUCCAUAGUUCUGCAGUUCUCAGGUGCCCGGUGACCACUGGGCUGACCACAGCUUGCCCUGGUCCCCUCCAUGCAUCUUUCUUUUGGGGCAAGGUAUCUAUCUGGGCCCAGGGAGGUGCAGGCAAGGACACAGGCUUUGGUGGUGGCGUCCAGAUUCUGUGUGCCCUCCAGAGGGUGCUGCAGCCCAGCCCCCUCUUUUUUUUUUAACUGUCGUGCUGACAUUUGGGGGAUUCUCUUCUAAUCAACCAUGCAACUACUUGUAGUGAGAAACCCUGGAAAGUCAAGUCUGUCCAAGUGACAGGUGGGUGCAUGUGCCAGUCUGUUCCUUUCCUACACUUCCUGUGACAGCUUCAGGUGGUGGCUGGCAGGGCAUUUUCAGGUUCCAGUCCUGUGGAGCCAGGGUGGGAAGAAUUCUGCCUCCUGUUGCACACUUUCAGUCACCAGCAGGGGGCGCAGUGGGACCAGAGUGGUGUCAGCUGCCCAGGCAGAGGCUGGUGGUACCAUCAGCCUAAACAGCAGUCACCAAGCUGGGAGGUUUGGUCGGCUGGUUUUUUAGUGUGUAAAUCUUUGUGUUAGCAUCCAGACUCCAGGAAGCCAUGGCUUGGUCAGCACAGCCAGACUUGAAAGUUCCUGAAUUUGGUUGCAUUUUGAAAUGUGUGUGUCUCCUUGUUGUUGACUUUGGUUUGUUCUUGUUGCAGACAUUUUUUCCAUGCAAUAAUUGAUUGAAAAUAGUGUCAUAUAUGCCCUAUUCUCCCUUCAUGGCAACCUGAUGGUUUCACUUGCUUAAAACCAGGAUUUAAUGAGUAACCUUAAAUUUAACAGUAGUUAAUUUUUUUCAUGUUAAAUUGGAAAUUUUUUGCCUGGCAUGGUGGUGCACGCUUGCAAUCUGGGACCCUAGAGGCUGAGGCAGGAGGGUGAUCGCCAUGCAGUAAGACAGUAUCUUUAAACACACACAGUUAUCCCUGGGUUUUCUUUUUUUAUUUCUGGCAGAAGGGACACAGUUUUCAGACUUCCUCACUGUCUGAGGCAAGCAGGAGCAUGUCAUCAGAGCAUGAGUCUCCAUCUUUAUCAUUUCACCCACCCCGCCUGGGGCUGAGCCCCGGGGAACACCCACUUCAGGUGGUGAUGGUGAGCUGAGUUCCCCCAUGCCAGCAGCUCCUCUUUCCUCCUAGCUCAUUGUGGGCAAUUAGUUCCCAGUCUUUCUUCCACAGGAUACACAUUCCAGGUGAAGGUCUCCCUAAGCCAUGGGGACCCCACCCUGCCCCUGUCAGCUCUUAAAUAGAUAGCUAGGGUUGCCCUGCCCUGAGGCUUUAGGUGGGUGUUAACAGAGGAGAGUCUGCCACUCAGACCUCCAUGCUUGGAAGCUCCCAGAAGGCCUUAGGGUGUAACCAUGGCCAUGCCUCACUGCCCAUCCUAUAGAGCCUACAGAGAUGUGUAAAGCCAAGGCCGCACCUCACUGCCUUGCAGGGCGAGGCAGUCCCCCAUGAAGGCAAGUAGGGAGCCUUCACUCUUAGUCUGACCUGGGCCAGUGCCGUGGAAAUGUCUGAGCUACAUUCUCACAGAGGUCCUGACUCCUGCCUGACAUGAGGAGGCCAUGCUCUGGGGUGACAGGACAAGUUGAAGACCCCCAGGCUUAGUACUUCUGUCCUGUGUCCCACAGAGCAGGAAGGCAGAAGUUUGAUUCCUUCCAACUCAAACCUGAUCGGUUCCCACAAAACACCCAAGAUCACUUUCUGGAUGAUGAGAGAGUGAGUCACUAUUUUUGGAAAUGGUGGUGGAUUCUUCAUGAACAUAGCUCUUGAAGGAUGAGACAUGGGUGACGUCCUGAGUGUUCUUAGCUUCAUAGCUGCCUAAUUCCUGAUAUAGACCUUGUCUUUCUAUAUAUACACAUAUAACAAGAUUUCCUGAAAUUCUUAUCCAAAUUUCACCCAUGUGUUACAAACCUGGACCAAUCAGAAGAUGGGUUGUAUCUCUGGGGCCGUCCCGACCUACUAUUCCUUCUCAGAGACCACAACUUUCUGGACGCUCCUAGCCUUUAGAGCAAAGCACAAGGCUGGCCCACAGCCCCUGCUGUGCGGGAGGGGCCUGCUCUGGGCUCAGGUGGUCUCCAGCCCAAGUCCCCAGCCCUGUGUACUGUCCCCUGUCAGUGCAUUUGUGGACAUGAGCACCUGUCGGCACUCUGUGGUUGUGUCCAUUUUGUGCUGGUCUGUUGACUUCUGUGAUUAUCCACAAAUAAAUAUUUUCAUUGCA